GCCUGGAGAGGCUCAGACAGCUGGAGCUGUGGCUGCAGGAAUCCCAGAGGAGCCUUCAAGCUGCCAGUGUUGCCGGUGUAGCAACCAUGCAAGACAGCGUGGAACAACAACUACUUACCUGUCAGGAGAUGUAUCUGGAGAUUGAGCAGAAGGUAGCCAGCUUGUCAGCUCUCAGUCAAACCGCUGACCAACAGCACCAGCAGAGUGAACUGGGAGCUGCGGGAUCCCAGCAGGAGGCAGCUGAGCUUCUUGGCACCAGGCUGGAACUCCUGAAGAACAACCUGGUGUCCUUUCAGCAGCUGCUACAGAACAGACAAGAAGAGGAGAGGAUGAGCAGCAACAAAGGGCCCCAGGAGCAGCAUUCAGUUUCUCAGGCAGAUUAUCAGCCUGAGUCUAAAGUGAGGCGCAGCAACAGUGUUCAAGAGAUCUUCUCAUCACCUAAAAACAAACUUCUCAGACAGAGCAGCCUGCAGCAGCAAAAGGAGCUGGAGCACGAGCUCAGUGAACAAAGAGGACUAACUCAGGCCAUCGCCAGGCAUGGCAGCAGAGCGCUGCUUUACAGCCAGGAGGACCACAGCCAGCUCUCACUAAGGUCGCCUCCUGCUGCGGCUGAUGAGGAGGAGGACUCAGCUCAGAAGAAGUGGGAUCACCUUCACAGUCAGCUGCUGACUUUGGAGGAGAGCUGGCUGCUUCCUCCCUCCGAGGUGACAGACUCAUCUGUGAAGCGUAGCAAUGGAACAGCAGGAUGCAUGAUUGCUACAAAAAACCUGAAAGAGCUCCAGACCUGCAUCAGCCAUCUUAGAGAGCUGGGACACACAUCUGCAGAGCUUCUGAAUCAGGCCUGCCCUGCUGAGGGAACCCAUCAGACCCUUGAUGAAGGUUUGUUUCAUGUAUUGCAUGGAGCAUCCCUGUGCCUGGACUCCAUGAAAAGCAUGCUGUGCUCACCUGUUCUGGUGACAGAUGAAGAAGAACCCCAGCUAAGGCUGCUUCACCUACGGAGUCUCUCAGCAGAGCUUGUCACCCUUGGCAGUGAGCUUGUUUCUCAGGGGUCAAAGGUCAGCAAUGUGUUGGGGUCAAAGUGUGGUCAGCAGUGCGUUGAUGAUCUGUGCAGACUACUUCCUGUGGUCGAGAUCGCGCUGGCCAGCAGAGAGAAGCAGCUCAGGAUCCUGCAGGAGGACAGUGCAGAGAAACAGGCUGCUGCUCAGAUCCAAGAGUCUCUGCAGCAGCAGGUCGAGCAGGUCAACUCCAUACUGGAGGAGGCUGCCCAACACAAUCUGCCUGCCUCUCUCAUCCACCAGGCCACACAGCUGCAGGGUGAGUUGGAUACAGUAGUGGGUGGUGUCCGUUCCCACUGUGAGGAGCUGAAGAGCGGCGUGGAACUGCAGAAGCAAUAUGAGCAGCUGGUCCGCAGCUUUGAGGACCUGCUCAGUCUGGGCUCUGACAGUUUCACUCAGCAGCCUGACACAGAGCUCCGGAGCAGGGCCCAGCUCCAGAAGAAGCUAAGCAGUCAUAUGAGGUUUUUCCAGUUCCUGGGUGAUCACUUUGAAAUCCUGAGGUACCUGACCAAUAGAGUCCCAGAUAUGCCCCUAGAAAAAUGGGAGGGCACAAUAAAGGGUCUGCAGGACCAGGUGGCUCGACUGCAGCAGGAUGGACUGGAGAAAGGGACCAAGAUGCAGGAAACAUUAGAGAUGUGGUCACAAUGGGAGAAGGACAGUGCAUGGUCCAACUCUUUGAUGAGAAGUAUUGAGACAUCAUUUCCCAAGAUCCCUGAGGGAUCUGAGCAGGAAUCAGAGAAGCCUCUAAGCUACAAGGAGCUGCAUCGCAUUUUGGAGGAGAAUGAAGCGCAGGUCAGUCAGAUGCUGGAGGGAGGCCGGCGACUGCAGAGAGCGGGUUGUAGUGGAGUGGGUGUGUCUGUCUGUAAACUGGAGGCUCGCUGGAGAUCUUUGCACAAGAGGCUGGAACAUGAACGCACCAGCUUUGACAAAGAAAGGAAACUGAAGAGCAGGUUUCGUCACAACUCUGCCACGCUGUCUCAGUGGAUGGAUGAGGCUAGACAGCGGAUUGAUAGAUGGAGUGAGCUCAGUGAGGAGAUGGAUGUUGAACAGAGGCGUGAGCUCUACCUCCAGUCUGUGGCUUUGACCAAAGAGUUGGAAGCCAAAUCUGAAGUAAAGGUGGCAGUGACCGGUUCUUCGUCCCAGCUGCUGCAGCUGAGGGAACCACACUCAGAUAGAGAUCCUGAGGAUAAGGGGACUCCUCUGCCCAAGACUUCUGACAUAGAUAUGUGCUCCAUCAAUGCUCAGCUCAGACAGAUAGAGUUGGACUGGUCCAGUCUUCUCAUUGAUGUGCCUGUUAUCCAACAAACUCUGCAAAAGCGAUGGUUAGAGAUGGAGACACAGCAGGGGGCGCUGCUGGAGUUGCAGGCCUGGCUCGGAGCAGCUGAGUGUCAGUUGGAGGAGUACUGCAACAAAAUCAACAAAAACUCCUGCACCAACAAUGAUCUCACCCAGCUCCUGAAAUACUGCAAGGAGUCUCAGACAGAGAUGUGUGCACAUCAGAUUACAGUGGACUAUGUGAACCAGCCAUUACAGCCAAAUAGUACUGAGAAGGACCACAGGUUGCGCUACGAACAAAACCAGUAUGCAGAGGAGCAGGGUCGCCUCAACCAUCAGUGGCUCAGUUUGCAGGAAAAACUCAACUCUAAGAUUCAGGAGAUUGAACAGGAGUUGAGGAACAGAGUGGAGUGGGAUGCCCGACUGCAGCGGAUCAACAGCUGGAUCGCGGAUCAAAACCUCUGGAUGGACUCAGCUCAGACACCCAGCAGCCAGAUGGAGCUACAGAGGAGCAACAGCAUCUGCCAGGAUCUUGAGGAGAAGAUUAUGCAGAAGUCUGCAGCUCUUCAGGAGCUGAUAGACAAAGUUGGUGGCAGACAAGAAAACAGGAGCUGCAAUUUUAUCUGUCAAAUAGAUAAAUCCAUCGAGGCCUGCACAGCUCUCACACAGAGGAACGACUCAGUAAAACAGAGGCUAACUCAGGCCCAGCUGUUAUGGAACAACAUGGAGGAGAAGCUGAGUCACAUAGUGCUGAAAACAGUGAGAGCAUCUCAGACUCUAGAGUAUUACCGCGGCCCCCAGCUCUCCCUGCAGGCACACACAGAUCUCCAUGAAAAGCUGCAGCUCCUUCAACAGGAGACAGAAGCCUCAGAGGUAGAGUGGGACAAACUUGGUCAGAACAUCCUCUCUCUCAGAGAUACCAUCAGUCCUGCUGCUGCUGCCAUCAUCAGCAAAUGUCUGGACAGGCAGAGAGACAGUUGGACUACAGUGACUGGAGCUCUGGGCCAGCAGCUCCAGAGAUGUCAGAAGGUCCUGACUGUGUGGCAGGUUUAUGAUAAGCGUGCUGGGUCUCUGACAGAGCAACUGCAGGCACUACAGAGUGAGGCCACAUCUGUGCUGAGCAGCACACCUGCACAGGACAACACAGUGGAGCUGUUCACUGUCAAGAUAGAAAAUGUUCAGAGUCUCUUGCAGAGGACAGACACCUUGCAGUCUGACCUGGAGGGGGUGCUGGAAGCCUCCAAGGACUUGAUUAGCCACCUGGAACCUUCAGCCGCCAGUCUGGUCCAAUCAGAGUGCCGCUUGUUGCCACGUGGUGUCCUGCAGCUCAGACAGCAGCUGUCUAGGAAGCUGGGCCACCUGCAGGAGGAGCUUAAGCAGGUGCAGGAGUUUGAAAAUGUGCUGGAGUCACUGGAGAGGAAUCUGGAGGUCUGGCAGCAGCGCCUGGAGGAUCCAGCUCUGAAGGCAGACCAGUCUGGCCUCAUGGAGCUGAGCGGCCUGUCUGCUGACCUCGAUGUGCUCAACGAGCGGAGCUGCAGUCUGACGCUGGAGGACGCUGCAGCACACCGCCUGCAAUUCCUCAACCGCCAUUGGGCCGAUGCCUACACCAGAGCUGAGGAGGCCUGCAGUGAGCUGCAGACGGAGGUGCUGAGGCAGCAGAGGUUUGAGCAGAAGUGUGAAAGCUGGAUGUUGUUCCUGCAGAGGAUGGAGGACAGCCUGGCUGUAGACGUAGCGGGAUCGUACGACGGCCUCAGACAGCAGCUCUGUACUCACAAGCGCUUUCAGGCUGAGCUCUCCAUUGGUCACCAGAUCCUUCACUCAGUCAUCACUGAUGCUCUUCAUCUGAUGCAGAAAGGAGAGGUGGAGGGCAGGAGCGACUUCAUCCUAAAGCUGGCCCAGCUCAGAGAGCAGUGGCAGGGAGCAGUACAGCGGGCUGACCAGCGGCGCUCUUUGGUGGAGGGGUUGGUGAAGCACUGGCACCUGUACAGCCGCAGCCUGAGAAAGCUCCAGAGGUUCCUUGCGGACACGCAGACCCUGCUCCCCUCAGCCGGACUAACCUGCUGUAGCCUGCAGCAGCUCCGACGCUCCCUCCACGACCUGCAGCACACAGAGCUGUUGUUCCAGAGGUAUCAGAGCAGUUUCAUCAACACUCUGGAGGUGGGCCGUCAGCUGUUCUCCAUGGGGGACGAGGACACCCAGACUCAGCUUCAGACAGAUCUGGGGACACUGCAGGAGGAGUGGGACAGUCUCCACAGUUUGCUGUCCAAAAGACUGGAGCUCACCGAGGCUAUAAUCAAGAACUGGGAGCGCUGCGAGGCUGGGCUAACAGAUAGCAUGCUGCAGCUUAAAGACAUGAAGACCAGGCGGAACCAGACCAUGCCAGAGUGUGAUGACGACCUGGAGAGUGCAAAGCUCUGCAAGAAGAACAAGAUCUCCCUGGAGGACUGGGCUGAGAGCCUGACGGAGCUGAGCAGCAUGAAGACGGAUCUGUCCCAGUACAUCAUUGCUGACGAUGUCCUGCUGCUGCAGGAGCAGGUGGAGCACCUGCACUGCCAGUGGGAGGAACUCUGCUUCAAGGUGUCCCUGCGUAAACAGGAGAUCGCAGACCGCCUGAACGCUUGGAUCAUCUUCAAUGAGAAGAACAAGGAGCUGUGUGAGUGGCUGACGCAAAUGGAGAACAAGGUGGCGCACAACUCCGAUCUCAACAUCGAGGAAAUGGUCGAGAAACUCAAGAAGGACUGUAUGGAGGAGAUCAACCUGUUCAGUGAGAAUAAAACACACCUAAAGAAGCUUGGAGAGCAGCUCAUCACAGCCAGCAACAAGACAAAGGAAACGGAGAUCAACGACAAGCUGAAGGACGUCAACGACCGCUGGCAACAUCUGUUUGAUCACAUAGAGGCCAGGGUGAGGAAGCUGAAAGAGACGCUGGUGACGGUGCAGCAACUUGAUAAGAACAUGAGCAACCUGCGGACGUGGCUGUCCCGUAUUGAGGCAGAGCUAGCCAAGCCGGUGGUCUACAGCACCUGCCACAGUGAUGAGAUUCAGAGGAAACUAGCUGAACAGCAGGAUCUGCAGCGGGACAUCGAGCAGCACACAGAGAGCGUGGCCUCGGUGCUGACGUUAUGCGACGUCCUGCUCCACGAUGCCGAUGCCUGCGGCAGUGACUCAGAGAAUGACUCGAUCCAGCAGACCACCCUCAGCCUGGACCGCCGCUGGAGAAACAUCUGUGCCAUGUCCAUGGAGAGGAGGAUGAGAAUUGAGGAAACCUGGCGUCUCUGGUGUAAGUUCCUCGAUGACUACUCUCGCUUUGAACACUGGCUGAAGACGGCAGAACUGACAGCAGCCAGCCCCGACUCCGCCGACGUCCUCUACACCAGCGCCAAGGAGGAACUCAAGAAGUUUGAGGCGUUCCAGCGGCAGGUUCAUGAGCGCCUGACUCAGCUGGAGCUGGUCAACAAACAGUACCGCCGUCUGGCCCGAGAGAACCGCACCGACGCCGCCAGCAAACUUAAAGUCAUGGUCCACGAGGGGAACCAGCGGUGGGACAGCCUGCAGAGGAGGGUCGCUGCCGUGCUCCGCAGACUGAAGUAUUUUACGUCUCAAAGAGAAGACUUUGAGGGAACUCGUGAGGGGAUCCUCGUUUGGCUGACUGAAAUGGACCUUCAGCUCACCAAUGUAGAGCACUUCUCAGAGAGCGAUAUCGAAGAGAAAAUGAGAGAGCUAAACGGUUUUCAGCAGGAGAUUACCCUGAACACCAACAAAAUCGAUGCCCUGAUCGUAUUUGGGGAGAACCUGAUCCAGAAGAGUGCUCCUCUGGACGCUGUGCUUAUUGAGGAUGAGCUGGAGGAGCUCCACUCCUACUGCCAGGAGGUGUUUGGCAGGGUGGCUCGCUUCCAUCACCGCCUAGUGAAUAGACGUCCGGUUCUGGAAGAGGAGGAGGAGAGGGAGAUGUCAGACUGUGAACCAGACCGAGACGAUUCACCCGAUUUGACCCCGUCCUGGAUGGCGGAGAGGAGAAGGAAGGAGGUGGAUAUAGCUUCAGCAGUGGGAGGCGUUUCAGGUGGACCACAGGUGAUGUGCCACCUCCUGGUACCCCCUAUAGAGCGAUCAGGAAGAGAGACCCCCGUCAGUGUGGAUUCCAUCCCCCUAGAGUGGGAUCACACAGUCGACGUGGGGGGGUCAUCAUCCCAUGAGGACGACGAGGAUGCCACCUUCUUCAGCGCUCUGUCAGACAUGAAGGUCACAGAGAGUUCAGAGUCAUUUUUUAAAGUGACUGCCAGUGCAGUGAAAGCAGCCUCGGUGAAGUCAGUGACUGACACGCCUAGCUGGCACCUGCCUGGCUCCCCGGAGAGGAAACAGCUUCCUCGAGAUAUCAUCCAAGCCCUGAGCUCACUCCCUACACAUACAACCAGCACUCCCUUCCACCAGCAGGGCUAUGCGAAGCUAAUGUCAGAGUGCAGUGGCAGCAUCGACAGCGUGAAGAGAGUCAAACUCAUGCUGAACGAUGAGGAGGAGCUGGAGGAUGCAGGCCUGACCAGCAGCACGGCCAGCAAGCAAACCAGCACGGGUGUUAUCGAGCGCUGGGAGCUGCUACAAGCACAAAAAAACGCAGCAGAGAUCAAGCAGGACCUGGAACAGUGGCAGAAGCUCAACUCUGACCUCUCUGAUGUCACUUCCUGGCUUGGCAGGGUGCUGCCAGAGCUGGAGAGGCUGCAGAGAAUAGCACCGUCCACCAGCAUCCGAGACAUCGAGGUCAACAUCAGGAAACUCAAGGAGAUGCAGAAGAUUUUCAACAGCUACAAGUGUCUGAUGAUCUCCAUCAACCUGAGCAGCCGUCAUUUCCUGCGUGGCGACAGCACCGAGCUGCACGAGCAGCAGGAGGCCCUGGACUCAGCCAAUCACAGCUGGACUCAGGCCUGCAGCGGCCUGGAGAGCUGGGAGAGGAGCCUGCACUCUGCUGUCAUGCAGUGUCAGGAGUUUCACAAGACGCUACACUCGCUACUGCUGUGGCUCGCUCAGGCUGAGGACAAACUCCGCACAGUGAACGUCAACGACCGCUCGCACUCUGCACUCCUGCAGCACAGAGACACGCUCACAGCUCUGCAGGAGGAGCUGCGUGGCCGGCAACGGCGGGUUUCAUCACUGCAGGCAAUCUCCUCCCAACUUCUCCUGGAGGCCACUGGAGAGGACAGUGUAGAGGCCAAAGAGAAGGUCCACGUCAUCAGCAACAAGCUGCAUCUCCUGCUACGGCAGGUGGCUGCAGACCUGCGUACGCUGCAGGGAACACUGGAAACCUGCUCCACCAGUUCUGAAGUAGAAAGCAUUGGUCUGGGAAAGCUCAGCUCACCGUUUCUGCAACAGGAGGAGGCUGGUCUGCAGGCAGCUACGGUCAGACAAUCGGCAACCAAAAGGGAGGAGAGACAGGACUCUUCCCCACAGCGACCCCUCUUCUACCGGGUUCUGCGAGCUGCCUUCCCCCUACACCUGCUCCUCUUCAUGCUCCUGGUUCUGGCCUGCCUGGUGCCUCUCUCUGAAGAGAACUACAGCUGUACACUGUCCAACAACUUUGCCCGAUCUUUCUACCCCAUGCUGCGCUACACCAACGGCCCCCCACCCACAUGAUCACUGCCACACUUUGUGUCCAUGUUCUCCUUAUAAAGGGAUAGUAGUGGGGAAAAAACAAAACAGCCAUAUAUUGGAGGUGAAAAUCCCGAAUAGACACCGUUAACAAUGUCACGAGUCAUGUACCUUCUCCCUCCCAUACAAAAAUGAAGCUCACAGCUCUUCAUGUCUGAAGGAAUCAUGUGUUCUUCACUCUAAACUUUAUUACUGUAUUAAAUUAUUUAUUUAUUUAUGCUCCUAAAUAAGAAGCCAUAUCACUGCUGUGUUUAAGUUGUGAUUUUUAUAUGUAGAUUUGCCAGCUGAUUCCCCGACUGAAACAAUUUCACACUUCAGAUUCAGACGGUGCAGAAGGAAAAAAGGCUACAAGAUUUAUUUUGAUAUCUUCUAUUUUGUAUAGUGCGGUAUGAGGGAUUAGAGGGUGGUUAUUACCAAAGCAACUGAAGAAAUUUGAGGAGUACACCAGCCAUUUUCUACCACUGCAGCUAUUUGUACCGAUUUUGUUUGUUUAGGGGGUUUCUUUAUGUUCGGGGGGGUGGGGCAGACACUUGUUAAAAGCACAUUUUGUACAGAAAGGAAAAGACGCGGGUUCUUUUUCUUAUUUGGCUUUUGAAAUAUUCAAAAUAUGAAAAAUUGUAAGAGUUUUUUUCUUGUAAAUAAUGGCAGUGACUCAUCAGCAGACAUGCCUUUGUGUAUCCAACAGAACAACCAUUCUUUUAACUCAUAAUGUUCUCAGAAUGUUUUUGAUGUUAUAAAUGAAUCUUGUAUAUAACGGCAAACUACUAAGAAAAAAGGGUAAAUUGUUGCUUUCAACUGUGCUAUUUAGCCGGGUUGUAAUUUAAAAACUCUUAAGUUAAUAUAUUGAAAAUUUGAUAAACAAACUUUUAAGAGUCAGUGAUGAAUAUUUUCCUAUGAUAUAUGUGUGAUAUUUUAGCCGAUCACUCAACCUAAGAGUCACCUUGAUGCAGCUGUGGUUGCUGUUUCCUGACAAAGUUGCACAUUAACUGGUUAGCAGCUAACUUUGUUCACCUGCUCUUUGGCCCUUUUUGCCUAAAAGAGCGAGCUGUGGGUUCACAGGUAGUUGGUGGGCUAGCCAGCGAUGCACAAAUACUUAAUUCCUCCUCUCAGGUGUCCCGUAGCUCAGACAGAUAAUUAACAUUGUUAUACUAAACAAUUUAAAUGAAUAUAAAAAUCUCACAGCUGUAGGAACAAAUUCUCUUCUAAAGGUAACUGCCAUUUUUACUGCUAAAAUAUUAUGGAGAGGGUAAAUAUUAUUGACAAAUUUGCUCAUGACAGUUUCCUCACAAAGUCGAUGUGCAGCUUUACAACAACAACAACUCCCAAAAGGCUAAAAACACAGGCUACAGAGCUGGUAGUUGACUGUGGUAUUGGGCCUAUAUGUGACUUUUUGUUUCAUGUAACCUCACCCAUGUAUUAUGAAAGGGAAUUUUAUAUUUAUUUUCAGCUCUAUUUAUCAUAAAUUGUACAGCUUUUUUUUUUUUUUUGAGGUUUGAGCAGGGCUAUCCAAAAGCUUGAGCAGGGCUAUCCAACUCGACCAAUGACAUGAAAGUCUGCAACGAUCACCCGUUAUUACGUACACAUGAGAUUUACCUGAAUUCUUUUUUGUUCCAGUGCAGAUGAACAGCGGGUCUCAAGAUCCACACGCAACAAUUUGAGUUGAACUUGAAUGUAAGAAAUCCUUUGAGAGGUGAAUGUAGCUGUGUCCAUGCACAAUCAAAGAUCAUUAAAUGUCUGUAAUUUACUGUUAAAGUUACUGAUAAAUGUUAUACAGAAGACUAUGAACAAUUCAAAACUGUACAUAAUUUCAGCCUCAGCACAAAAGUCUCACAGAAGAGAAACAACAAAAGGUGUGUAAGUUUGAUUUAUUUUGUGAUCUCUUAUUUAUGGGAUGUACUGUUUGUAAUUUUGAACUGACAAUAAACCAUGUUUGCCACGA